GGCCGGCCCCCAGUGGAACACCAUCGCCUUUAUGGGGCUUAUAUCAUGCUUUUAGAAGAACAACAUAACAUAGGUGUUCCACUUGAUUGGACAACAGCUGAAGUGCUGAAGUGCCACUUUAUGAGAAAGUUUCUUCUAUGUUAAUUCUUAAGCAAGUUAGGGGUCUGUUGAUAUAAUAAUUGUUUGAAUCUGUUUGUCAGCCAACAGGCAAAUUGGAUAGUUUUGAAGUCCCCUCCUUUAUUACUUUGAUUGUAGUCAUCAAGUACCAUUUUUAUUCUUCAUUAUAAAAACUAAACAACUUUUUAUUUUCUUAACUUUGUAACAUUUAAGAUUUAUAAAGUUUGAGUUGUUCUUGCAAUUCAUCCAUUGAUCUAAUAUUGAAUAAUUGUUUUUCCUUUUGUUUCAAUAAUUUAUAAAUUGCUUCCAGUUGAGAUGCUUGAGUCCUGCACAAAAAGGAAAGGUUUUUGUGUGGUUGUCAUUCAGUUUUUUAAAAAUAUUGAUUUAACUUACUCUUUUUCUUUCUGUAAUUGCUCUUUUGACAGCACCCUCUUACUAACUCUCCGUCGAAAUUUCACGUCGCAGACCCAUUUUAAGCGAGUUACGCCAGUUUUUCUUGUACCGGCUCGCCUGCUAGGUAGGCAGCCCAUGGCAGCCCAUGCCCGCCAGAUUCAAAAGACAACCCCUUAAAACUCAAGUGUGUCUGGACAGGGGUGGUUUUUGGCGGAACCAAAGGUAGUGUUGUGGUUCCCUGGUUCACCCUUGUCGGUUCGACUACUUUUCCGUCGAAAUCCGGACCCACCCAUUUUCGCUAAAAAUGGGAAGGCCUUUGUAAAUUUGUCCAAAAAUGAAAAAAAUAAAAAUCGCUGGAAAUGAUUGGAAUUGGUCUAGGAGAGUCGCCUUUGACCUCUUCUGUCGAAAUUGCGUGCUUCCUGCCUCCUUUGCAUCCUGUUUUUUCGACUAUAAAAUUGCGUCUUUGGUUUGUUGGAGGAAGAUCGGCCUGGAGGUGCACCUGACUUGGACAUCAGCAAAGCAGCCUAUGUGUCACCUGCUGUAUGCUGAGUUGGCGUCGCAGCUCAUAGCAGGAGGAAUCACUCCUUUUUCUCAUGAUCGCAGGAAUGAAUCUAGUAAGUUUUGACUUUCAAUGUGAUGUUAACAUAAAAUACGAGUGCAUUUAUGGUAGUCAUGUCUGGUAAGAGUUUAUUUUGGUAUUGUUUCUAUUUGGGGGUUACUUGUUAUUUCUUUACUGCUUAUUCUCAUUCCAUGUAUACGGCUUAUUACUUGAGCCUAAAAUAUAUAGUCGUGUUAGAAGUACUGUGCUGCCCAAUGAAGCUGAUAGAGCAGGGUCAAGAAUUUUUGCUAUCAGUUCUGAAGAUGGCAAUGUUAUCUACCAUGUUACUCCAGUGCAGUCUUCAGAUCAGAAGCAAAGUGAUUCAGUCAGAGCAAGACGAAUUUUUACAGUUGCAACACUAGUAAGGCACUGCACCUAUGAAAGGGAUGUGUCUUGGUCAAUACCAUCUGAGCUGUGACUGGUCAGCAAUGAUGGUGAUAGCUCCACGAGCAUUAGCAGCUCUUGCUCGAGCUCUUUAGUGACUGCAAGUGCAGGUCCCCAGUCAAUCCCAGCGGAGACUCAAUUUCAUUGCCUAAUGUUGUAGUAAGAGUUGAUGGUCGGCUUGUUGUGGGAAACCCUGUUUUAAAGAGUCUCAGUCGUGGGUUUGAAGAGGGAGAUGAAGAUGACUUCUCUGAUAAAGCAUCCAACUAUCCAACUAGAGUUAACACCCCAGUGAUGUCUACUGCCGAAAAUGAGUUGGAGGAAUCAAUUUCUGCUGAAGAUUAUUUUAGUAGAACUGGAUCCCAAUCCAGACCUCGAUCUCGGGCAGAAUCUUCUGUUCUUUCUUCUUCAUCAGGGUUGGGCAAGUGCAGCCUAGAUACACUUACCUUGGAGGCAAAAUCAACUUUUGUGGGCAAGCAAAGGUUGUCCUCAGACCUGCAAUCUCAUCUAGCUUUACAUCCACUUCAUUUACAUAUGUUGCUCUACUGUGGAGUGUAUGAUUCAGCCCGUACCCCUUAUUCUCUGCGUACUCUUCGAAAUGCCCUAUCAACAAAACCUAGGACAUUUUUGUCGUGUGCUGCAACAACUGGUGUUGCUCGAUCAUCUUCAGAUCUGUUGAAUUUGUUAGCCAGACAUAGAAAAUCUGCUUCUGGAAAUAAUUUCCAUGGUGAUCUUGCAAACGGUAUUGGUGGCAGUGGGCGCAGUCACAUGUAUUUAGAGGUUCUUCUUCUCACAUGCCUGUAUUACAUUCGUAGUUAUUACCCUAGCCUUGGGCAAAUGAGACUGACCAAACAGGAAAUUGAAGGCAACCAACAGGUUCAAGUUGCAAGUCUGGAGCUGCUUACUUUAAUAUUUUCGGAACUGACAAGUAUUAUUCGUGAUAGCGGCAAAGGCCUUGCUAACUACAUCGGAGAUCUUUUGUCACGGUGCAAAGUUCAGAAAGUAGUGUUACACUGCCUUGUUGCAAGUGUACAUGAUAGUGCCACAACAAACAAUGCUCAUCCAAACCUGACUUUCACCGAGGAAAUAAUUCAAUUCAAUGAUCCCAGUCGACCUGCUGGGGAAAAUCCCAUCAUGUCUCCUCUAGGGGAAGCAUACCAAAUUCAACUCUUAAGACUUUUACUAGCUCUGCUUAUCUUAGAGCAUCAGAUUCAACAUCAAAAAUGUGAAGUUAUUGUUCAACAGAACACUCAGAGUUCAGCUCCAGUGUCGUCAAACAGCCCUAAUUCAUUCAAUGGUGGGGAUGUCUCAAUUUCGGUAUCACAAAAGAACUCUGAACUAAAGUAUAUGCUUGGACGACCAAUACCACAGCAACCAAUGUUUGUAGGAGCAAUUUUAAGUGCUCUUCGUAUGCAGGGUCAGAUGAGGUGGCUACAUCAACACUGGACCACACUGGUAACAUGCUCUUUGCCGUUCAUGGGACAGUCACCGGCACAUGUUGUUCUAUGCGUUGUACGACAACUGUGUGACAAUUUACGCGCCCUUGCCCCUCUUUAUGCCAACACCUUGUCAACAAAGGAACGAAGAAAUUUCCAUCUUCCAGCGGAUUACACUGUCACUCAACUGGAGGGUCUUCCAAUUCUCUGCCAUUAUUGUCUAUUGGAUCAAAGUCAACAGCAUGCCCUCAAUCAACCAUUGCUGUCUGCUAGUGCUGCGCAGCUGGAGGAUCAUGGAGUUAAUGGAGUUGAACCACCUUCCCAUGCGGCACAAAUAUUUAGCACAACCCCAAUCCAUCAAGACGCUGCUCAAGACAAUGUAGAACCUCAGCUUGCAGCUCGCCGAGCAUUAUUAUACAACCUUCCCCAGAUUAUUUCCAGCACAGCCACUCUUUGGAAAGCUGUGACAACAUGCUCAGAAAAAGAUGCGGAAGGAUGCACAACUGCAGGGAAUGCAAGGGUCAUAAGACACCAUUUAUUGGAGUUUUUGAGCCCUAUGUCAAUGCAUCAUGCUACAAACUUCCUCGCAGCCAUUGCAGUUGUAUGGCAAGACCGCCGUCAAAGCUUAUCUGAUCUCUCUGCCCCAAUUACUGCAGCUCCUGAGGUUGUGCCUGAGCAGCAGGUGCUGGUUGAUCUGAUCAGUGCCAUCAGAGCAAUGCCAGUCGACACUUUGGUCCAGACAUUGCACCAAUUGUUGAAAUCACCACCCUCAGUACAUUGAACCAACCAUUCUGUACGUCUAGAAGUGAGUGCACUAGAACUUCUUCUCUGCUACUUGCGACAAGGUAGUAGCCCACCAUUACUCUUGGCUGAGUCAUGGGGCUCUGUUCUUCUACUACUGCGUGAUGGUCUUCAACCAGGACUACCACCCCCAGCACAAGUCUUGCUUCUCUCUGUUCUGAAUGAAUUUGUUCAGCGCUGCCCAUCUCCCUCUGAAAAGCGGGAUGUACGAGAUCUUCAAGAUAUUACUACAAAGCUUGUGGAAUCCUGUGGAUCAAUAGCAGGAGCUCGUUUGGAGCAAACCACAUGGUUGAGAAGAAAUCUAGCUGUAAAAGAAGAACAGUUGGAAGAAAAGGAAUCUAAUCUAGGAACAGCAGGCAACGCUUCAAUGGCUCAAUACAGCAUUCAAGCACAGACAGUUUUAGCUGAACAACUAGCUUCACUGUUGGAUGUUACAUUUGGAAGUCAAGAGAAAGAAAAAGUUGUAAACAUUUUGACAGCCUUGUUGUACAACAUUAUUCCUUACCUAUAAUCAUUCGUAAGACCUUUGGUUUCAUAUAAAAAUGCGGCUAGCUUUUAUGCAUGUUCAGAGCUGCUGGCCAAUCUCACAGCUUUUUAAUAUACUCGUAAGUCAUGGCGCCGAGACGUGUUAGACCUGCUUUUGGAAGCCUCUCUUUUCCAAAUGCGAUGCAUCAUUGAUCAUCUCAUGUCACAUGAUACUACUACUUUUCGAGACCUCAUGAGUCGUGUUUCAUUAGGCCAGGGAAAUUCCCUAAGUCUCUUUUCAAGUCGAGAGCAAGAAUAUGAACAACGAGCGCAUCUUCUGAAAAGAUUAGCUUUUGUGAUUUUGUGUGGUGAAAUGGAUCAGUAUCAAAAGUACAUUCCAGAGAUUCAAGAGAAACUUGCUGAGAGCCUUCGCCUGCCUCAAGUUGUGCCCGCUGUGCAGGCCAAUGUUUUCUUCUGCUUCCGAGUUCUCUUGCUGCGCAUGUCUCCUCACCUUGUGACGUUGCUGUGGCCUGUCAUUAUUAGCAAAAUGGUUCAAGUGUUCCUCCAAAGUACUGAAUCAAAAGAUUCAGGUAUGUAUCAAAAAAGUUGAUUUAUUAUGGUGCUCUUGUCCUUUUCCCUUUUUUUUUUUGUUAGUGUUCUUGUGUUGUUAGAUGAUGCCAUUUUAGAAUCAGUUUGAUUUUAGUGUUAACAUGGUAAUUCAGUAAAUUUUUGCUAAAUUUCAAAAUAUAUGGUAAGUCAAUAUAUUCUCUUAACUUCAAUGAUACUUUCAAAUUUACCGAAGGGUCCACAACCUCGGAUAUUCACGGGUCAAACAAUAAUUAGUAUUCAAUACAAAUCAGUUGAUAUUCACCAAUAUUCACAAUUAUUCAUUUGUAUUCAUUAAAAUUAUAAGUAUUUAAUCCAAACCUGACUUUGUAUUCACGACUAUUCAGUUAAACAUUCGCAAAUACAACUUUUGAAUAUCUAUCUAUGAGUCACAAAAUUUCCAAGUUCUGGACCCCUCAAAAUUUACUUUCUGGGCAAGAUCUUUCUUAUUUAUUUUAUCUAUCAAGCUGUGUGUGUGACCAAUUGGCGAACUUAGGUCCCUUUUCUCCCCUCUUAUUUCAUGAUUGAUUCCUUAUUUUGUAAAAAAUAAAGACCCUAUAAAGACUUUUUGUUUUUUAAACUCGAUCACUCCUUUUGCUUUUUAAAAUUUAAUCUGUGGAAAAUCAGUAUUCAUUGUUCUAAUAUUUGGGCUUUAUCAGCUUAAGGAUCUUAACAUCUUAACAUAUUAACAAAUGCAUUUCUCCUUAUAUUUGAUGGUAUGACUAUGGUUUUACAUUUGAAUGUCAAGUGAUGGCAAUCUUUCUAAAUGUUCCGGUCAGCACUUUUUACCAAUUUAAACACAUUCAUAACUCAAAAUCAUUUCCAUAGCGCUUAAUACAAUGAAAAUUCAUCUGUUAAUAUGUUAAGAUGUUAAGAUCCUGAAGCUGAUAAAGCCUUGACCAUUGGGAUUUGUGCUGCAAAAAUGUUUCUGUUUUUAUUGGUUCAUGGCUUGGCCUGUUUAUUUCAUGUUUCAUGUCUUGGAUUCGUGUUGUUUUCUACUAACAAGCUGAUUUGUGUUUUUACUGCUGCUGAUUCAUGUCUCUCAUGUCUGGUGUUUGGUAUUUGGUGUCUCUGGAGACAGACAGUGCAAUAGGUAAGGUUUUAGAGUAUUCAUCUUUAAAAAAAAAAACUCUCCCUGCCUAUGAUUUUAAUUAUCUAUGUUUUAUCAUUAGUAAUUUUUUCUUGGAAUUAUGCAUCUUUUAUGGGUAUUAUCUGUACUUUCGAGUUAGUUUGAGUUAGUAGAGCCAUUUUCCUUUCACACUUUUGAUCAGCAUCUCCAUAACGUUUUUGUAUCAUUAUAGCCUUUCCCCCUCCUCCAUUCACUUUGUUACAAUUUUCUCCUAAAAAAAACAAACAAAAAACCAACAGAUUUUGAAUGUAAGAGGUUGGAUAGUGUAGUAUCCUGUCUCAUGAAGUGAAAUUAUUAUUAUUUUCUGCCGGUUGCGUUGCUAGUUCAGACUUUCUUUGGGGGUGAUCAAGCCAGUCCUCAAGGAAUCAGUUUAUUGGCUUACUUCAAUCUAUUAUUAUUAUUAUUUUUAUUAUUGGUUUAUUGAUGUAGCUUAAAACAGGGACAUCAGAAGUCAAAUGUAAUAGUAUUUACAGUAAAAGUAGUGAAGAUACAAGUAAAAGUUGAAAAUUAAAAUAAGAUUAAAAUUCAUAGGGCUCUUCAUUGAUGAGGUGUCUUCUCAACUCUUUCUUAAAUUUCUUGAGAUCCUUUAUAUUUUUGAUGUUAUUCGGCAGGUUGUUGAGGAGUUUGCUGCCGGCAUGGAUAGGGUUGUUCUUUGAGAAGGCUCCUUUAUAUAAAUCUAGAUGGAUGUUGUUCUUUUUCCUGGUAUUAUAUUGGUGGAUGUCCAGAUUUUUGGCAAGUUGUUCCUCACUAUUUUUGGCAUAUAUCUUAGUCUGGUACAUGUAUAUUCCUGGUAGGGUCAGCAUGUUUAGUGCCUUGAAGAGGCCCCUACAGGACGUUUCUUUUUGAAGACCUUCCAUAAUUCUAAUUGAUUGUUUUUAGAGACUGAAAAUUUUGUUCAGCUCCACUUUGGGAGCGCAGCCCCACAUAAUGGUUCCAUAGCUGAGAUGGGAGUAAAUGAAUGCAUAGUAUGCCAUAAUUAGGUAUUUUUUGGCCAUGGAUUGGGCUAAUUGUUUAAGUACAAAAUUACCAGAUCUAAGUUUCUUUAUGACUUCAGAGGUUUGCCCUCUCCAAGUUAUUCCUUUAUCAAGGGUUAUUCCGAGGAAUUUGGAACAGUCGCUCUCCUGGAUGUGGGUAUCUUCUAUUUCUAUUGAGAGCUUAAAGUCGCCGUUCCUGUUUUUCAAGGUGAAAAAAAGACAUUGAGUCCUACUGAUGUUGACCACAAGGUUCAGGGAGGCAAGAUAUGUUUUGAUUUUGAUGACAACUUCUUUAGUAAUUUCAAUGAGAUCUUCGAUGGAUCCGCCUGAGAUGAUCAGAGUAAUGUCAUCCGCAUAGAGGAUCGGGUGACAUUCGCUGUUAAAAUUUAUAGUAAUAAAGGACUUAAUCUCAUUUAUAUAGAUGAGGAAGAGAAGGGGUCCUAAAAUGCUACCUUGUGGUACUCCAAAAACUGUGGUCAGGAAUUUUGAGGUAAUUUCCUCAAUUAGGAGUUCCCCUUCCUCUUCUACAGCCACUCAUUGAGUUCUACCAAUUAGGUAUGACUUGAGCCAGCUAUUACCAACGCCCCUUAUUCCGUAGUUUUCCAGGAUCAUUAGUAGGUUUUUAUGAUCAACACAAUCAAAUGCUUUAGACAUGUCCAGGAAAAUACCUAGUUGUUUUUUUUUUUUUGUCUUCAAGGUUCUUGACAAUUAAUUUCAUGGCCUCAGCAUUGGCUGCUGCUGUAGCCUUGUUUUUCUGAAAUCCGAAUUGCUCUUGGAUAAUAAUCUUGUUUUUAAUGACGAAUUUUUCAAGUCUGACAUAGUAUGCCUUUUCAUAUAUUUUUGCUAUGUUGGAUGUUAGUGCUAGUGGGCGGUAGUUCUCUGGUUUAGUUUUGUCAGCUUUCUUAUAGAUGGGGACCAUUUUACUUUUUUUAAGGCAUUCGGGAAAUUGUCCUUCUGUGAAGGACAAGUUUAUUAAAUGUGCAAGUGGUUUGUAGAUUUCUUCGGCUAUUUUUUUGAUGGUAAUGUUGGAGAGUUCGUCAAGUCCUGAUGAGGUUUUGUUUUUUAGUUUGCUAAUUAGUUGGAGUAGCUCAGUCUCAGUUAAUGGUUCAAGAAAUAUUGUUUUCUCCUGCCGUGCCCUUAGUAGCUCAUACUUCUGUUCUGGUUCUUUUAUUAUGGCGGAGGGCAGUUAGCAGCUUCUUGACCAGAACUUGUAUACACCUCAUUGCCAGUCCUCAGCAUUAUGGGUUCUUUGAUCUUGACAUCACAUGUUUUGUGUUGGUUAAUAAUCUUCCAGGCCUCUCUUGAGAUGUUGUCCGAUGUACUUAUUCUUUUGUUGUUCAGUUCGAUGCUGUUUCUUUUGAGGGAGGAGUGUGAUAUGCCUUACGGAGGUUAUUUAUUGUUUCUAUUUCUUUUGAUGUUUUCCCAGAUUUGUUGUUUCUGAGGUGUUCACUUGCCAGGUCCAGUGCAUCUUUUAAUUCUUUUGUAGUUUUGUCCAUAGUAUUGAUGGAUUUUUUCCUAUUGCCAGCUACAUUCUUUUUUGUCUUGGGGCAUGUUUCAUUGAAGUGGUGCAUGAUGGUCUUCAUGAAGGCCCCUGUAGCAUUAUUGACAUUCUUACUGUUGUAUACACCAUCCCAUUUUUCAGUGGCCAAUCUAUUUCUGAGCAGCUGUAUAUUGUCAUUGCUGACAUUUCUCGUAUAUUUUGUAUUUGUUUUUCUUAUGGCCAGCCCGAAUUGACAUUCUCUUCAUUAGAAAUGAUGUUGCAUAAUGGUCUGAGAAAUUAGUUUUGAUUAUUUCUGCAACUUUUUCUACAUCUUCUGUCCUCUCAUUUAUAUUUGUAGCGAUAUUGUCAAUGCAAGUUGAGGUUUUGUCAGUUACUCUAGUGGCAUCUUUUAGCAGUAGCUUUAUCUUGUAGUUUGACAGUAUCUCUUUUAAUUCGACUGAGGCCUUACUAUUGCUCAUGGCAUCAAUAUUAAAAUCUCCAACCACUGUGAUUGUAGUGUUUGGUUUGUAUAUUUCCAGAAGCAUAUUGUUGAGUAGGGUGAGGAAUUCUCCAACUGUUGAAAUGGGAGGUGGUCUAUAUAGCUAUUAUUAUUUGCUUCUUCUCUGUAUUGUUACCACUGUCCACUGUGCAUCCGCAUACUUCAAGUAUAUUUUGUUUGGCGAAUUUGGAUAGGUCGAAAACUUCUAUUUUGGUGCCCUUCUUAGGGGUAGCCAUGAGUAUGACACCUCCUCCUCUGUUGGUAUUUUUUUCUCUACUGAAGUUACUAAUAUGUCGGAUUUCCCCAUAUCGCAGCUUUUAGGCUUCUUCAGCAUACAUGAAAGUCUCGGACAGUAUUAGUAUCUCUGGUUGAGAUUCUUCUAUAAGUUGUAGGAUUUGAUUUCUUUUAUUGGAAGCUGACCUGACAUUAUGUACGAUUUUGAGGUAAUUAUUUGUCUGUAUAUGGUCUGCUUCUACUUUGGUUUUAUGUCAUUCAAGCAGCAGUCUAAGUGUUUCUAAGUGUUUAAGUGGUUAUUGUGAACUAUUUAUGUUAAAUCUGGGAAAAUUUAUUAUUGUUAUUAAUUAUUUUAUGUAUAGAGAAGAAAAAAUAAAUUGUGUUUU